CAGACUACAGCUCCAAGAGCCACGAGAGUCGGCGGCGAGGGGCGCUCUCUUUCCUCAGCUCCCCCAACCCCCACCCCGCGCCUCCCGCCCCCGCCCCCGGGGCUGGCUGCCUCCCUCCCUCUGCCUCUUUCUCUCCCUCUUUUCUCUUCUUUCUCUUUUGCUAACGCCAGACCCAGGCGUCCUCGGCUCUGCCUGGAGGGACCAGGGCCGAUUGAAAAACGCAGGGCAAAACCCAACUAAAACCCAACUGCUUAGGGCUAUCGCUGAGAGCCGCCCCUCAGCCCUCUCCUCCUCCUUCCUGACCAGCCUCUCUUCUCUCUUUCUCUCUCACUCACUCACUCACUCACUCACUCACUCUCCUUUUUUCUCCUUCUUGCACACUGGGUUUAAGAGGAAAGGGGGGAGAGAAGCUGCAGAGGAGGAGGAGGGGGAGGGGUGGGGAAGGAGGCUGGGAUAAAAGCUCAAAUUUCAUUUUCGGUGAAGGAAAGCACAGAAGAGCAAGUCUUUUUUUAUUUUUUUAUUUUUUUCCCUUUUUUAAAAAGGAAACUUUUUUGGGUUGUUGUUGUUGCUCCCCCUCCCCCCGCCCCCUUCUGGGGAGUUUUGCUUUGCCCAAGUAGUUGAAAAGUGAAAUCGACUCGUGAUGGUCCUCCUGUCACUUUGGUUGGUAGCAGCCGCUCUGAUAGAGGUUAGGACUUCAGCUGAUGGACAAGCGGGUAAUGAAGGAGUGGUGCCAAUAGAUUUGCCAAAAAAGCAAUCUAGAGAAUACGAGUUGGUCACUCCCAUCAGCACCAACCUCCAGGGGCACUACCUCUCCCACAUUCUUUCUGCAAGUCAUAAAAAAAGAGUACCAAGGGAUGCGUCUUCCACCCCAGAACAAUUGUUUUUCAACGUGACAGCUUUUGGAAGAGACUUUCACCUCCGGCUGAAGCCAAAUACUCAAUUAGUAGCACCAGGGGCCAUGGUGGAGUGGCACAAGACCUCUGUGGUCACUGAGGAUAGACCCAGCCAUGUAAAUGAUAGUCAGCCUGGACGUGAUUCAGAAAGGAUUUGGAAAAGAGAACCUUUAUGGACCAACUGUGCUUAUGUUGGAGACGUAACAGAUAUCCCAGGAACUUCUGUUGCCAUUAGCAACUGUGAUGGUCUGGCUGGAAUGAUAAGGACAGAUGAUGAUGAGUAUUUCAUUGAACCUUUGGAAAAAGGUAAACAGAAGGAAGAAGAAAGAGGAAGGAUUCAUGUAGUCUACAAGAGAUCAUCAGUCAAACAUGUACCCUUUGACAUGUCCAAAGACUUCCUAUACAGAGGACCUGAGUGGGAGGGCCUUGAUGAUCUCAGUACUAGUUAUGGCUACUUUGAGCAACAACUGAAUGAAACAAUGAGGCGACGAAGGCACGCGGGAGAUGAUGACCACAACAUUGAGGUGCUUUUAGGAGUGGAUGAUUCCGUAGUCCGCUUCCAUGGCAAAGAACAUGUCCAGAACUACCUCCUUACCCUCAUGAACAUUGUUAAUGAAAUUUACCAUGAUGAGUCACUUGGGGUGCAUAUCAAUGUUGUGCUGGUACGCAUGAUAAUGCUGGGCUAUACCAAGUCUAUCAGUCUCAUUGAAAGAGGAAAUCCAUCUAGGAGUCUGGAGAAUGUAUGUCGCUGGGCAUGCCAGCAGCAGAAAUCGGAUCCCAACCAUCCUGAACACCAUGAUCAUGCCAUUUUUUUAACGAGGCAAGACUUUGGCCCUGCUGGUAUGCAAGGGUAUGCACCAGUGACUGGAAUGUGUCAUCCAGUAAGAAGCUGUACCUUAAAUCAUGAGGAUGGUUUCUCAUCAGCCUUUGUAGUAGCCCAUGAAACUGGCCAUGUGUUAGGAAUGGAGCAUGAUGGUCAAGGAAACAGGUGUGGUGAUGAGACAGCAAUGGGAAGUGUCAUGGCACCUUUGGUACAGGCAGCAUUUCAUCGCUAUCACUGGUCCCGGUGCAGCGGCCAGGAAUUAAAAAGAUAUAUACAUUCCUAUGACUGUCUUCUUGAUGACCCUUUUGAACAUGAUUGGCCCAAACUCCCAGAAUUGCCAGGAAUCAAUUAUUCCAUGGAUGAACAAUGUCGCUUUGAUUUUGGUGUUGGGUACAAAAUGUGUACUGCGUUCCGAACCUUUGACCCAUGUAAACAGCUAUGGUGUAGCCAUCCAGAUAAUCCCUACUUCUGUAAGACUAAGAAAGGACCCCCACUUGAUGGGACUGAGUGUGCCCCUGGGAAAUGGUGCUACAAGGGUCACUGCAUGUGGAAGAAUGCUAACCAGGAGAAGCAGGAUGGAAACUGGGGAUCCUGGACCAAAUUUGGCUCAUGUUCCCGGACAUGUGGGACAGGUGUUCGCUUCAGGACCCGCCAGUGUAAUAACCCAAUGCCAAUCAAUGGUGGUCAGGAUUGCCCUGGUGUUAAUUUUGAGUACCAGCUUUGUAACACUGAAGAGUGCUCAAAGCACUUUGAGGACUUCAGAGCCCAGCAAUGCCAGCAGAGGAACUCCCACUUUGAGUAUCAGAACAGCAAGCACCACUGGCUGCCCUUUGAGCAUGCGGAUGCCAACAAAAGAUGCCACCUUUACUGCCAAUCCAAAGAGACAGGAGAUGUUGCUUAUAUGAAACAGCUGGUGCAUGAUGGAACCCGUUGUUCUUACAAAGACCCAUAUAGCAUAUGUGUGCGAGGAGAAUGUGUGAAAGUAGGCUGCGAUAAAGAGAUUGGUUCCAAUAAGGUCGAAGAUAAAUGUGGAGUCUGUGGAGGAGAUAAUUCUCAUUGUCGCACUGUGAAAGGAACAUUUACCAGAACUCCCAAGAAGCCUGGGUACCUUAAGAUGUUUGAUAUUCCCCCUGGUGCUAGACAUGUGUUAAUACAGGAAGAUGAAGCUUCUCCUCAUGUCCUUGCUAUCAAGAACCUGGCAACAGGACACUAUAUUUUAAAUGGCAGAGGGGAGGAAGCAAAGUCUCGGACAUUCAUUGAUCUUGGCGUUGAGUGGGAUUACAAUAUAGAAGAUGACAUUGAGACUCUUCACACAGAUGGACCUUUACAUGACUCUGUCAUUGUUUUGAUUAUUCCUCAGGAGAAUGACACACGUUCCAGCUUGACAUACAAGUAUAUCAUUCAUGAAGACUCGGUACCCACCAUAAACAGCAAUAAUGUAAUUCAGGAAGAAUUAGAUACUUUUGAGUGGGCUUUGAAGAGCUGGUCUCAGUGUUCAGAACCCUGUGGUGGGGGUUCCCAGUACACCAAAUAUGGAUGCCGCAGGAAGAGUGAUAAUAAAAUGGUACAUCGCAGCUUCUGUGAAGUCAGUAAAAAGCCCAAACCCAUUCGUAGAAUGUGCAAUCUUCAGGAAUGCACACAUCCCCUCUGGGUGGCUGAUGAAUGGGAAUAUUGUACCAAAACCUGUGGGAGUUCUGGUUAUCAGCUCCGUACAGUACGAUGCCUUCAGCCUCUCCAGGAUGGAACCAACCGUUCUGUGCACAGCAAAUACUGUUUAGGAGAACGUCCAGAAACCCGUCGACCAUGUAACAGAUUGCCGUGUCCCGCCCAAUGGAAAACAGGGCCCUGGAGUGAGUGUUCAGUAACUUGUGGAGAAGGAACUGAAACAAGACAAGUCAUCUGCAAGACUGGAGACAAAUGUAAUGGCGAAAAACCCCUCUCAGUGAGAGGCUGUAAGCUUGCUGCUUGUAAUGAUGAGCCGUGCUUGGGAGAUAAAUCAAUCUUUUGUCAAAUGGAGGUCUUGGCACGGUAUUGUUCUAUUCCAGGUUACAACAAACUCUGCUGUGAGUCUUGUGGCAAGCGCAGUAGUACGCUUCCCCCACCGUACCUUACAGAUGCUGCUGAAACUAAUGAUGGUGCUAUUUAUCACCCCAGUGACUUCCCUAGAUCCUUAGUAAUGCCAACACCUCUGAUACCUUAUCGUGUGGGGCCCAUGGGCAAGAAGAAAUCCUUGAGUAGGAUGCCCUCCUCUGAAGAGAACUCACGCAUAUACACAGACAAUAAACCUUAUGGUGCUAACAUAUCCCAGAGGAGAGCUCACCAAACAGAAAGCAAGACCUUGAGACUAGACCAAGUACCACCCCCACCUUCUACUUCUCAGGUGGCAUUUCCUGCUGUGGCAAUAAAUGCUUCCUCAGGUGCUUUAUCUGCAGUAAAAACCUCAAGGAAGAAUGAGAAGGCAGAUGACCAGAGAUAUCCUUUAAGACCAUCUACCGUGGAAAGAUGAGAAAACUAAUUUUGAAAGGGUAGAAACCAUAGGAAAAUCUGGACACCCCAUGGUGCAUACUGCUUUUGUUGAAAGAACUCUCCGCAGGUCAUCAACUCAUUCAUUUUAUGUGUAAAUGGAAGAGCAAAAAGUGCUGGUUCACUUUUUAACUGCUUUCCUCCUCCUUUCAUUCUCCAUUGUCUGAUUAGCUUGAAUUUAUUGGAAGAAAGCACCAAAGAUUAUUAGCAGAAGUGAAAAUGAGUUGCUGAGUGUAUCAGCCUUUCCCUAAUACAGAAAAAGGGUGGCUGGAACCAAUUUUGCACAUCAGCUGAUUUUUUAUUUUUUAAAAAAUCACAUGUAAAAAAUAAACCAGAGGUAUGAAAUGUUUACAUGUCCACAAAAUAUUUUGGAAAUGGAACAAGAGAAUCCAUAGACUUGUAUUCCUAUUUAUCUAUAUAACAGAUAUUAUAUGAGCAAAUUUGCAGCUGUUGUGUAAAUACUGUAUAUUGCAAAAUCAGUAUUAUUUUAAGAGAUAUGUUCUCAAACAAUUGUUUACUCUAUUACAUUUCAAGAUAUUCUAGGUGCCAGCCAUUGCGUACUGACUACCUUACUGACAUUCCAAGAGUUGAUUUUUAAAAUAGCCUAACAUAUAGAGGACCUCCAGUUUAAUAUGAAUUGGAGAGAAUUGGAAAUGCAAAGGGUUUGGUUGGGUCAACAGUGUGAUGCUUUAAAGAAAAUUAAACAAGAGAUAGAGAAAUCCCAAUCCAAAUUAGCAUGGAAAGUCCAUGGACAAGUCUCCAUGGCAAGAGAAAAAGCUAUUAAACAUGAAUGUUUCUGUGUGUGAAACAAGUAUAUAGAACUUAACUACUUUGGUCUCAACAAGCACUACGUAAGUUUGGGUAACCAUGUGUCUUCUCAUUUUUCAUGCUCCCCCCUCCAAAUGAAAAAAGAAUAUUUUCUCAAGUGUGAAGAGUAGUCAUCUGGAUAUUUUAUAAACUGUGCUGUUCACAGGGGAAAAGAUUUUUAGGAAAAGUUGUUUGAUCCCUGAAAGUCAAGAGAACCAUCACCAAUCCAAAAGAGGCAUUCAUGCACACUGCCAAGAAGACAUGGCAAAAGAAGGGGUUGGAGGAGAGAAGAUAUUUAAGGAAGAUUCAGUUAAAUGAUGAGAUAUGUUCAGAAUAGUGGCAACGGCACCCACCACCAUUCAUCUAAGUGCAAAUCGAAUACCAUGAAUAAUUCGUGUCCAUUUUCACUUUUCCUACCAGAAAGUCAACUACACUAGCAAGCAGAUGUAAAGUACAUGUAAAUAGAAUUCAGAACUGAAGAUAUUUAUUAAAAGUUGAGGUUUUCCUGAUAGUAUUUUUAUGUAAUAAAUAUUUACACUAAUAGCAGUAACAUUGUGGUAAAAAUAGAGAUAUCUAAUUAGAGACAUAUAUUAUACUGUAUACCUAGAACAGAAAUUUAAGCUAACUAAACUACUGUAGUUGAAUCCUUGAAGUCAAUUUGAGAAAAAAAUUCUGAUGGUGACUACAAACACUUCACAUUUUUAAAGUCAAUUGAUCCAAUUUUGAUGAAACUCACCUUCUUCAAAAAAUAAAAACGACUAAAAAUACUUCAUCCUAUGACAACCUAAGUUGAAAAUAUAGUUAAGUGAAACCGUGAAAUUAUAGCAUUGCUAUGACAUAGAUUCAAAUAAAUUCAAAUUGAAUAUGAAUUCAUCUUGGAAAGGAAGAGAGAGAAUGGAAAGUUUAAGGAUUAUGAUUUUCCAGGUCCAUUGUUUGCGUACAGAUCUAUAAGCCAUCUGUGCGAGCGUACCUAAUGUAAACUCGAAUGUAAUUUGGUUACUACCAGAAAGACCAGGAUGUAGGCUCAUGGCGCUCUGUCACAAGGACUUUGUAAGCUAGCCUACUCAACGUUAACUCAGUACCUCUCACAAACUGCUGCUGCUUUAUGCAAGCCAUUUGAAGGUCAAAGUAAUUUAGUGAGCUGUAGAUGUUUUUUACAAGACCGUCCCUGAGCCUCAAAGAGACCAAUAAGAUGUUUAUUUUUUCCUCAUGCUGGUCCAGAAACACAACUCUCUCUAUGUUGCUGAGGUGUCAGAAUUUGUCUAUAUACACAGGGGCAUAUACAGAUCUAUGUGGGCAUACAUGCACCUCCAAUAAAGAUGUAUAUAUUAUUUCCAUUCCAAAUCUUUGGACUUUCUUUUGUACCGAGCUCAAAUUUCUUGUUCAUAGAAGUGUACACUACUGAUGCUAUUUGUUGUAUUGGGGAGCAUGUAGCAAUAAAAAUGUUAACAAAAUCCA